AGCUCUGCCUGGAAUUCCCCCACCCUCAGGUCCCCAAGCUCAUCAUUAUCAACUGUACUACGUCUUUGUGAGGCUUGGGUCCACACCUCAUAGAUCUCGUCCAUCUCACUUCAGCCUCGCCAUCCCAUCUGAACCUCCUUCUUUCAACAUAAUUCUCGUCUUAUUUCACUUCCCCCACCUUUCUCAUCCGCACUUCCACUCGUUAUCGCCAUCAUGGACCCCAACGAGCAACCCUCAUGGGCUGGAGGCGAUGCCCCGGACAAGGAGAAGAUGGAACAGAUUCGCGCGAGACGUCUCGCCAAGCUAGGGACAUCAACGCCUGUGUCUUCCAAGUCAGACGAGAACAAGGCUCCCGAUUCCGAAUCGUCGAACCCCUCGCGCACGUCAACGCCGAAGCCGCAGCCGCAGCCCGCAUCCGCUGAAUCACGGCCCAAGAUCAACGUCACUCCCGCCGCUCCGCCUUCUUCCAGCCCGAACCCCUUCGACAAGCUAGGGGUCAAGGCGGAGCCGUCAAGUUCAACAGGUACUUCCUCUGUGAAUCGUAAAAGACUGGCAUCUGAGAUUGACGUCGCUCCAGCGGAUCGACCCUCCCCCAAGCCAUCCACCACUCAACCCGAGUCCGACGAAUCCUAUGCCGACCGAACAUUGUCACAGAUCUUCCGUAUCACUGUUGAUCCGCAUAACAUGGUCAACACCAGUGGUCAACGGCUGACGUUCCUCCCGAACCUGAAUGAAGAACUGAACGAGUCCGGAGAGCCUCUGAAGCUGUCCGUCAACACGCUAGAUCAAGCUCUUAUGGAGGCGGCCAGCAGCUAUCCCCAUGAUAAGCCUCUCAUGAACUUCUUCUUGCCAUGCUGGAAGCGUGCUGUGAAAGCGUCGCUGCAGUUCAAGGGAACAGAGGGACCCAAGUUCGAGGUGCAUGAAGAGGCAAAGCGUUUGUGUAUGAGCGGCUGCUUGUUUGCCCUGACCAUGCCGGAUCUCUAUGGCCGAUCGCCGAACCCUAAGCAUGACACACUCAUGCCAUACCUGUUGAAGGGCAUACAGGACGAGAACGGCCUUUGCUUCAACUUUAUACAGGAAGCUAUCAAGCGAUUCGAUGAUGACGAGGCUUUCCCUGCUCUGUUCAGCGAUGCCAUGGUUCAGAUCAGCAACAAGCUGGGUACAAUUUCUAUGGACCAGGAUUACAAGCCGUAUAUCCAGGCCAUGUUGACUUACACCAGAUUCCCUCCUCUAAUCGUGAACCUCGCCAAGCACCCAACCUUCAUCAUGGCUCAGUCAGCUGCUGGAAUCGAAAAGCACACCCUUCUGGGUCCGUUUUUCCGCAUCUCACCGCUCCAGAAUGAAGUCAUCAAGAGCUAUUUCCCUGGGGCUCGUGGUCUUGACAAGGGCAGAAUCGCAAACUCACAAGACGCUUUGCGAAUGGUGCUGAGGACGCACCAAGAUGAUCUUUUCGCCAUCACAAACGCCUUUAUCCGCGCAGGCCAGGAGACCAGAUCUCGAACUCUGGACUGGUUCGCUUACAUCAUGAACUCAAAUCACAAGAGGAGAGCACUACAAGUUGACCCUAGAGAGGUUGCUUCCAACGGCUUUAUGAUUAACGUGACCACGAUUCUAGACCGAUUUUGCGAACCCUUCAUGGAUAUGGAUUUCAGCAAAGUAAACAAGAUUGAUGACAACUACUUCCGGAAGCAACCACGGAUAGAUAUCAGCGAUGAGACAAAGCUGAACGCAGACGAUGCAUAUGCGAAAUCAUUCUAUGCGGACAAGAUACCAGGCGAUACCAACUUCAUCUCGGAGGCUUUCUUCUUGACCCUGGCAGCGCAUCACUAUGGAAGUGAGGCCUGCAACUCCCAGCUGAAGAAUUUGGAUAGGGAUAUAAAGUAUUUGGAGAAACGAGUCAAGAUCAUGGAGGCAGAUCGUAUCAAGUUUGUGAACAAUCCUGCCCAACUUCAACAAUAUGACAAGGCUGUUCAAAGACAUGUCGACGCUCUCGAAAAGAGCAUUGCUGUCAAGCUUUCCAUUGAAGGUGUUCUGCUUGAUGAACGGAUGCAGAGCACUUCAUUGCGUUUCAUGCGCAUUGUGGCUGUGUGGUUGCUUCGCUUGGUGACUCGAUCAGAGUACAAGCCUGGUCAAGAGUCGAAGGAGAUACAACUCCCUCUUCCUGCAGAGAAGUCAGAUGUAUUCUCAUGUCUUCCAGAGUACACGCUACAGAAUAUCGUGGACAAUUUCAAGUUCAUAUUUAGGUGGCUACCCAAGAUUCUCCCCAGCGCUGUUGGCGAUGAAAUGAUUGCGCUUUGCGUAACAUUCCUCCGCUCAACUGAGUACAUCAAGAACCCGUACCUGAAGUCAUCAUUGGUUUCACUACUCUUCUCGGCGACUUGGCCAUUGAUGCACCUAAAGCGCGGUGUUCUAGGUGACCAGCUUGUUGGCAGCCAGUUUGCCAACGAUCACCUUCUUAAGGGAUUGAUGAAGUUUUACAUCGAGUGCGAGUCAACGGGCGCGGAUUCUGCUUUCUAUGACAAGUUCAACAUCCGAUAUGAGAUUUUCCAAGUGAUCAAAUGUGUUUGGGUCAACGACCACUACAAGCGACAAUUGACACGAGAGAGUCGCGUCAACAAGCAGUUCUUUGUUCAGUUUGUCAACAUGUUGUUGAACGAUGCUACUUAUGUCUUGGACGAAGCUUUAACCAAGUUUCCCAAGAUCCGUGCUAUCGAGAAGGAACUUGAAGAUCCGUCAAUACCACAAGAGGAUCGCCAGAAGAAGGAGGAGGAGAUGCAACAGCUGGCUAACCAGGCCACGUCUUUCAUGCAGUUGGCCAACGAGACGCUUGAGAUGAUGAAGCUCUUCACAGAGGCUAUGAGUGAGGCCUUCACCAUGCCCGAGAUUGUGUCUCGUCUGGCAAGCAUGCUCAACUACAACCUGGAGACGUUAGCUGGAAAGAAGGCGGCUGCGGAGCUCAGCGUUUCUAACAGAGACAAGUACCACUUCCGCCCUAUCCAGAUCAUCUCAGACAUUGUCGACAUCUAUCUCAAUCUCGGCAACUCACCAGUCUUCAUCGACGCCGUUGCUGCAGAUGGUCGUUCCUAUAAGCCCGAAGUGCUGGAGCGCGUUUCACGCAUUCUCAUUUCCAAGCACCAGAAGGAUCCUGCCGAUGUCGCUCGCUGGGACAAGCUCAGGGUGAAGUUUGUCGACGCCAAGACGCUCCUCGACCAAGCGGAACUCGACCUGGGCGACAUCCCUGCCGAGUUUGAGGACCCCAUCAUGGGUGAUCUCAUGAAGGAUCCUGUUUUGCUACCCAGCAAGCAUAUUGUUGACCGAUCAACCAUUGUCCAGCAUCUCCUAAGCGAUCCUAAGGAUCCUUUCACAAGACAAGCCAUGACCAUCGAUGAUGCAAUUCCACAGACGGAACUAAAGGAGAGGAUUGAGCAGUGGCGAGAGGAGCGGGUGCAAGCUGCCAAGGACAAGUUGAAGAGCGAUGCCAUGGAUACCACAGAAGGUUAAGAUCAUGCGAGAGAAUGGUUUGAAAGGGGAAAUUAUCUGAUUAGACUUGUUCAGUUGUCUGUCGAAGAUGGGAGACGGCGCAUGUGUACUUCACUUCGCUCAUGGUGAGCAUGGAGAAUGGCCUGGUUAAAGGGGAUAGUUUACAUGAGACGGCAAACAGCGGUUCAGGAACUGCAGCGUAUUUUUAGAUGAUAAAUAUCUUGUUCGUCAGAAAUACAGCGAGUUGCAUUUCCACCUAACCGUCCUAACUACCUACACAUCAGGCUAUCUCCGCCGUACCCCUUCCCCUAUCCCCAAUGCCUUCUUGACUUUUGAAUCACAGCUCACGCCUUCAAAUCCUUAUACUCCUCCAACACUUGCUCCAGCUCUCUGAGAAUCUUCUGCUUGCGCUCAUCAGAGCACCAGCUUUCCUUAACAGCACCGCGGACGAUCCAUGCCCAGUCCUUGACGGAGAGGCUGAAGGUAUCCUGGACACGGCAGUAGACUUCCUGGACGUAGGCGCCAAAGUAAGCAGGAUCGUCGCUGUUGACGCUGAAGAGGACACCAGCAUCGAGGAACUUGCGCACAGGGGCGUCGGCGAGUUCAGGCAGGUUGCAGAGAGCUACGUUAGACCAGGGGCAGAAAGUCAAGAGGGUGCGGUUGGCGGCCAGUCUCUUGAGGAGUUCUGGGUCCUGAGCAGCUGCGAGACCGUGGUCGAUGCGCGAGACUUUCAGGUGCUCGAGUGAGGCAGUGAUGAAAGAAGGUGGUGCUUCCUCACCGGCGUGAGUGGUGAGAUGAGUGCCAGUCUUUGCCACACGGGCAUAGACCUCUGUGAAGAGCUCAGGAGGGAACGCCUUCUCGCUCGAGACCAUGCCGAAGCCUGUCAGGGUACCAUCGUUGAAGUGGCCACGGUCAAGAAGAGUAUCGACCAGAGCAUGAGACUCGGGAACAGGUAGAUGGCGAAGGAUACAGACAAUCAGCUCGACAGUAAUCCCCAACUCCUUCUGAGCACGACGCUUGGCAGCUGUAAGUCCUGCGACGACAGUGUCGUAGCUGACACCUCGAGCGAUGUGCGCCUGAGGAUCGAAGAAGAUCUCAGCAUGCCGGACGUUUUCGCUCGCCGCGCGCUGGAAAUACUGGUACGCAAGAGUCUCAAAGUCGUUUUCGGUGAUAAGCACGCUCAUCCCGAGGUAGUAGUAGUGCAGGAAAUCAUCGAGGGAUGUGAAUCUCCCAUAUCGCUCUCGCAACUUGUCAGCCGACUCGUAGACAGGAUCCUCUGGCAAUUUGAUCCCGUUCUUCUCAGCGAGGGAGAAGAGAAGUUCAGGCUCAAGAGUUCCCUCAAUAUGGAGAUGCUGCUCAACCUUUGGCAAGGCCUUGAGGAAGCUGUGGAACUGAGAUUUGCACAUAUUGAAUGAUUGAUCUUGGACGAUCAAGUUUAUUUCGUCUCGUUGAGAUCUUGUUUGGGAUUAUCACAGCAGUUUUUUUUUUUUUUUUUUUUUUUUUUUC